AUGAGUUUGUGUUUGUUUUCUGCGGGGCCAGUGAAAGGAGCCCUGACCCAGAGCCAGAUGCACCCCCUGCUGGGACCGCUGCAGCUGCCGGGACGUCCGCUGCAGCCACAGACUCCACUCGAACACUUCCUGCCGCUCAGGGUCAAUGGAACCGCUCCUCUCAACCUCUUCCCCAACUUCAAUGCGAUGGAUCCGGUUCAAAAGGCCGUAAUAAACCACACUUUUGGUUCGUCUCCACCCAAAAAGAAACCCAUAAUCUCCUGUAACAUCUGCCAUCUGAGGUUUAACUCCACGACCCAGGCCGAGGCGCACUACAAAGGCCACAAACACGCUCGCAAACUCAAGGCCCUGGAGACGCAGCGGAACCGGCAGAAAAACUCCAAAGAGCGAGAGAAGGAGCGCGAACCCACAGAGUCCACCCCGGCUGAGGCUACAGGCACAGGCAGCUCCAGCGAAGUCCCUCAGUCUGAACCAGAGACCGGUCCCUCUGUGAUCCUGGACCCAGCCCAGCUCCCCUCCACCUCGGACUCCCCAGAGCUGUGCGACCUGGCCCUGGACAGCCCGUCUGCGGAGGGGGCCAGCUCUGACCCCGGGGCGCCCUCCGACUCUCACCACACCUGCAUGGAAGAGGAGGAAGAGGAGGAAGAGGAGGAAGCAGCGGCGAAGAUGGACGAAGGCAAAGAGGCCAAGAGCAGCAAGAAAACCCUGCACUGUCGCACCUGCAAAGUCACGGUCAACUCCAGCUCCCAGCUCCAGGCCCACUGCAGCGGUUCAAAGCACAAACAGAUGGUGGACGGCCACAGCAGCGCUCACUCCCAGCGGAGAAUCAAGAUGGCGUCGUCCCCGCGGCCGACCUGUCGCAUGAAGCCACGCCUCGGCAGCAAAACCCGCGCGGUGGUGAGUGUGAGCAGCCAGCCCUUCCACUGCGAGCUCUGCCAGGUGUCCGUCAACUCAGAGACACAGCUGAAGCAGCACAUGAACAGCAGGAGACACAAAGAGCGUCUGGCCGGGAAACCUGUCAAGCCCAAGUUCACCCCGUACAACAAACUGCAGCCCAGCACCCUCUUAGCGACGAAGCUGGCCCUCCAGAAGCAGCUGUCCAAGGCCUUUCCGCCGGGCUUCCUGACCAGCCACUUGAACCACGCCGCUGCUCUGUGCUCUAUGGCGUCCGGACCCCUGGCUCUGCGCCUCCCCCCGGGCCCCGCCGCCAUCAUCCAGGGGCCGCUCAUCAGCCCGACACUCACUGAAAAAAGAAACGUGAAAUCUUGGGAUUUUUCCAGUGAGCGCCUGACACGGACCCCCAAGACCUGGAGACCUAAACUGAGCCAUGGAAGGACAGACUGGUUUCAGAUGAAGCACAGGGGCCGCUGCUGGUCACAUAUGCACAGUUCCCGGGAGAGGAUUGAGAUCAGACCCUCUCCCUCUGACGCCUCUCCCUCUGAUGGACCCUCGCUCAGCCGUUGUUAA